AUGGCUGACCUUAAUUCGAAACUCAGGAUUCUUGAUAAUCUCCUACAAAAUUAUUAUUCGGGAAUAUCCCCGCGUGUAACGCCAAGUGAAUACUCGCACUAUCGUGCUCUGGCAUUCGAAACCUACUUUGGAGUCCAGCAUUCGUAUCAAGUAACGGAGAAGAAACGGGGCUUCUGGAGUAGACUAUACAAUAAAGCAUGUCAAGUCGGCAAUUAUGCAUUAAAGCGUUUAAUUGGACCGAUCCUCACUUCUCUGACCACAGGAUUUUUGGCUGCGCACGGUGUACCGUUAAUAGGCUAUUAUCGUUAA